CUAGGCGCGCGGCUGCUGCUCGGAGUUUGUCAGUUUCCUAAAUAUAGCGGGCGGACAUUGUCAGUGUGUUUCUCUCUCGGCUGGGGACGCUUUGAGAAAAAGACGGCAUUUAUAGAAGCUGCUUGGAGGUGGGCAAAUCGAAAGUUUGGCUGCAGCUUCUCGACCAUCUUCGAUCCGUCGGUCUGUUCUCCCUCCAGCUGCCGCCAGUCAAGCAGGCCAUGGCGAGCUGAUGCCGGCGUAACAGCAGCUGACGUUGGGACUAUGUGUUGAGGAUUGCCUGUUGAAUUUUUAACCGCCUCGAGCCCGCUGGUAUUCCUCUUCGGCUGUUAGUGGAGUUUGCUUCGGCCAUGGGGAGGAAGAAGAUUCAGAUCACUCGCAUUGUGGAUGAGAGGAACAGACAGGUGACUUUCAUGAAGAGAAAGUUUGGCCUGAUGAAGAAAGCCUACGAGCUGAGCGUUCUGUGCGACUGUGAAAUUGCCCUCAUCAUCUUCAACAGCUCCAACAAGCUGUUUCAGUACGCCAGCACCGACAUGGACAAGGUCCUGCUGAAGUACACCGAGUACAACGAACCCCACGAGAGCAGAACCAACUCUGACAUCGUAGAGGCCCUGAAUAAGAAGGAGCACCGAGGCUGCGACAGUCCAGACAAUGACAGCUCCUAUGUCCUCACCCCCAGCACAGAGGAGAAAUACAAAAAGAUCAACGAAGAGUUUGACAACAUGAUGAAAAGUCAUAAAAUAUCCACAGGUCAGCCGUCGCAGCAUUUCAUGCAUGCAGCAUCAGGCAGCACAGCCUAUGCUCAUGGUGCCGGAGGAGUGACUUCCCAGGCUCUGGCUGCAGCCACAGCAGUCCUGUCUGACAACGGGAUUCUCUGCUCGCCUCACCCACAUCCCCACAGACACACAAACGCCUCACAAAGACCUGCCAGCACUGGAAACACAGGUGGCCUGCAGGGCAGUUCGGAUCUGGCUCUGCACAAUGGAUCUGGAGCAGCUGUGAAUGGAUUCAUGGGCUCCAGUGCUGGAGGCAUUUUGGGGAAGAUCGGACCACCAAAAUCUCCUCCUCCUCUUCCUCAUCAAGGGAGCAGCCUGAUGCCCAGCAGCCGCAAAACCGACCUCCGAGUGGUCAUCCCUCACUGCAGAGGAAUGACGCUGAGCAACCAGCGGAUGAGCAGCAGUCAGUCCAGCCAGCCUCUGUCCACCCCAGUGGUCUCCAUCGCCACACCCAGUCUGGCUCACCAGAGUCUGGGUUACUCCAGCAUCACCUCUGGCUACAACAGCGAUUUCUCGCUGAACAGCGCAGAGAUGGCAGGAUUCGGCUCGGCAGCGGGCCACUCUCUGGGCUCCAUGACAGCUUGGGAGCAGCACCAGCUCAGCUCCUUGGGAUCAGCAAGCUCCGAUCUCUCCAUCAGCAUCAACCACAACGUCAACAUCAAAGCCGAGCCCAUCUCUCCGCCACGGGACCACCUCACCCAGCCCGGGUACAUGACCCAUCACGCUGGCCCUCCUCCUCCCCCUGCCUCUUCGUCCACCCGGGCAGACUUAGGGAGGUCCCCCACGGGCAGCAUCAGCUCCUCCUGCAGCUCUCACGAGGACGGCAGCGACCGGGAGGAGCAUCAGCAGAAGAGACGUCCCGAUCUCCACUCGCUCCAUGCGGGUCGGUCAGAGGGCAGGGAGAGCCCGACUGUGAAGCGGAUGAGAAUGGACAGCUGGGUGACAUAGAAGCCUUGAGUCACGUGUCGACAUGGACAUCAGGAUAAAUGCAGCAGGGACACUCGUUAUGCAAAUAAAAUGAUGGAUUUUAUCCACACAUUGUGCUAGCCCUUCCUUAAAUUAUGUUUCUUCUUUGUUUUGUUUUUUUAUUUUCUUUGUGUUUAUUUUUUUUGUCAGAUUUACUGAUGAGAUUUUCAAAAAGAUCCGAGCACCCUUAAUCUGUACAAUCUUUAGAAAAUGUGGGACAUUUUUAAAUCCCAACCGCAGUACAAUCACUUAUUUUUUUAUCUGAUGGGAUGUGGGAGAAGGAUGAAAAAGUCUGGUAAUCCCAGGUUUUUUGUUGUACAGCAAAGAAUUACUGAAUCAUUUCUGAACUUCUCAGGGUGAGAAUCAUUGGAAGCAAUACUCCCUCCACAUCCCAUCUCUGAAAUACUUCCUUAAUUAAAAAAAAAAAACACCUUCAUAUCUGCCAAAGCAGUCCACUGUACACACAACAGCACAAUGUCUCAUCAGCGUCCCAAAUUUAAAGCCAUCCUCACCAUCUGAACUAUGUCAUCUUUGUUUUGUACAUAGUAUGUUUAUCAUGUGUCACAUGUAUUGUAACAACACAGUAUUGUCUGUUUUAUCUGGCACGUCCGCCAGGUUUCACAAAAAUACACUUUUGAAGAUGCUUGCCAUAAAGGAUGAGUCUGGUUUGUGAAGUUUGCUUCAUCGGGCUUAACUUGCUUAAUAAAACACACAUCAACAGAC